GGCUGGACAAUCGUUCUGAAGACAAAAACUUUUAUGGUUCGGGUCAUGAGAGCCAGAGUAGUUGACGAUGUUGUUCUCCUUGACUCAAAAUGACCCCAAUCACCCUCGACGUAAGCGGGACAGUGGCUGGUCUUAUCUCGUUUGUGGUUGCGCUACCCUUUGUCAGACUAUCAACAUGGGACUUGCAACAAGCUUUGGUGUUCUUUUUCCAGUGAUCAUUAAGAGGUUUAACUCCAGCAGGCAAGAAACAGCUUGGAUAGGCUCACUGCAAUCAUUUCUUAUUUUCUUUGCCAGUCCUGUGGCUGGUCGCAUGUCAGAGAAAUUUAGCUGUCGUUAUGUCAGCAUGAUUGGAGCUGUGACAUCAGCAAUUGGACUUGUUUUAUCAUCAUUUGCUAACAGCAUCAUCAUUCACUACCUCACAUAUGGUUUACUGUUUGGUUUUGGUUCCAGUUGCGUUCGCACAUCAAGUUUCCUUGUGGUUGCAAAAUAUUUCGACAAAAGGCGACCAUUUGCCACAGGGAUACUAACAUCUGGUGCUGGCCUGGGUUUGUUUGUAUUAGCACCAGUUGUUCGAGCUUUGUUGGACAAUUUCAGUUUAGAGAACACUUUCAGAUUCCUGGCAGGAAUUGCCUUUGUGGGUGGGAUUCCAGCAUUAACAUUUGAUCCUAAUGUGGAGCAAGACAAUCCAAAUAACUCCAACUCACAGCUGGAAGAAGAGGGCUCUCGCAAAGAAAGAAAAACUAAGAUCAUAGUGGACUGUUCAGUAUGGACAGUGCCUGCAUUCACUGUCUUUGCUUUGGCCUUAGCGAUGGAUCGUUUUGGAGGCGCUAUCACUCGUAUGCACCUGGUGAAAUAUUCAGAAGAACAGGGCAUCUGUCCCGACAAUUCUGCAAAAUUACUGAUGUUCUAUGGUCUUUCCUCGUGCAUCGCAAGAUUAUUAGCAGGACGUGUGUGCGAUCUAACAUGGGUCAACCCUCACUAUGUUUUUCAAGUUGGUAACUUCAUUGCAGCUCUAUCUAUCAUUUUUGCCCCUUUGGCCCGGAGUUAUAUUCAUUUUCUUGUAUGCAGUUUGUUUUUUGGUGUGGGAGCUGGUAUUAGCAUCUCCACAAGUAACCUGAUAUUUUUGACUUGUGUCGAUGAGCGGAGGAGGGCAUCCGCUUUUGGGCUGGCGAGCUGUUUGGCUUCUUUUUCCGUACUUUCAUCUCCCCCAUUGGCCGGUUUUCUCGCCGAUACGUUAGAAUCCUAUGCGCCUUCGUUUUAUUUGGCCGGCGGUGUGCUUCUCCUCUGUGCGGUCCUUCCAUUUGUCCUGCUCUGUGUUAAAGUCAAGAACAGAAACGAUCAAAGUGAUCAGGAGAUGAUAGCUAUGGAAGAGGAUGGUCAAAUUCAGAAUGUUUCUGCUUGCUAGGACUCAGAAACGCUGGCUCUGUAGAAGAACGCGUUAUAGUUACAUAUUCAUACAUGGAACUUUAAUAGUAAUAGUAUUUGAAAAUUGUGUAUUUACCUACUUGCCCUGAAGAUGGCCUAGUCGUUCGGUGUUUCUUUUUACUAUUUAACUUUUUUAGCCUUGUAAAUAGAAAUUAUUUUUAAAAUCAAGGCGAAUAUUAUGGACAAUAGUAUUUGAAAUUUAAACAGCGCAAUUUUCAUCUUAAUGAUCAUAUGUGCGUCACAAAAUAUCGUUAAAAACUCAAAAAAACAAAGAAGUGUUCUUCAAAAAUAUCGUGUAGAAAAAAACCCGGGUAAGACCCAUGAACGUGCAAAAUGAACGCCGCUGAAAUCCUCGAUACAAACCAAAAAUUAGCUCUUAGGAUCAAAAAACUACAUGGCUCUUUAACAUAAACGUCUUGUGAUCAACUGUUGCAACAGGCCUGUUCUCUCAAUUUUCAGUCCUUCGUAGUUUUGCUAUCACCCUUUCUACAGCACGCGCGACACAGGCAUCUACAAGCCAGGCUUAUCACCUUGACAACCAUGGUAGCUAUAGCAACAAUAAAAGCGAUGACGUCAAGUAAGCAAUACUGAUACCAAGGGUUGUCGAGCACUUGACCUCCAAGUAAUAAAAUGUGCCCAAGGUGUCAAACAUUUUAUAGAUAAAAACUAUAACACUACAUGGACAUAGUUUGGGUUUUCCUAUGAAAUACACAGUAACGGUUUUUGUUUAUGAUAUGAGAAUGCCUAAAAAUUGACCGGAAAGUAGGACUUACUUGUAUACCAUGUCCUUUCUUAGCAAAAUUAAUUUUUUUUUCAAUGAAGAAUAAGUUCCUCGAGUUAAAUUGUCAUUACUUAACAGAGGCCUGUUGCCACUUCAAUAAAGUUGCAACAGUAAAAAAAGGCAUAAAAAAACAGUUUACUUUUUACUAAAAUAACACCUGCACACUACUAUAA